CGGCUCUCUGUGUGUUCUUCUUGUUCUCUCUUCUCUCUCUAAUUUACACAAACAAAUACACACACGUGUCAUGUGAUCUGGUACAGCACCUGGUAUUCUGAUUAUGCUCCCUCUAGUGUUCAGCAUUUCAACAGGUGUCUACCACACCUGCGCCAAGCCUGUUUCCAAUUCAUUUUCUUUACUGAAUGCCAGCCUUUCAACUAUAAUGAUGAACUGGUAUUUGUGGUCCAUUAACUGGCCAACCAAUAACACCAUUAGUAGACGCCCACGGACUAGUACAUACUUAAUGCAGAAUCAGUCUUACUGUUUAUUUUUCAAUGACAUAUUAUAUGGUCAACAUGGCGAUGAUCUCUUUCAUUGGCAGAAACAGGAUUGAUGACUGCAAGGCUUUGGUUCACACAUCACACACAUUUCUUAUAUUAUUAGAAACUCAGAACUAGUUCAAAUGUUUGCAACAGCUCUGAACUAUAUCGCUGUAUCACUUAAAGUAAGGCCUUGGUGCGUGCAGCUGACAUUUAUUUGAUAUGAACAAUAAGAAAAUACCUCCUGUUAUUUGUUUCCCUUGCUAAUUAUGUCUAGUUUGUCUGUAUUUGUGACAUAGGUGUUUCAGGUGCCUCAUCAAUACAUUUAAUUGUACUUUAUAAGACUACAAAUUGGUGAUUCAACCCCCCCCAACAGACAGUCUCCUGACUCUUUCACAUUGCUCCACAUUACUAGUUUUAGUCUUCAUCAAGUCCUUGAGCUGCUGUGUAUUCAAACACUGAAUGACUAAAGUGAUGGAUUCAUGAAAGGUUCUUGGAUGCGAGACACCAGAUGUCAGGCUCCUAAGUCAAGUCUGAAGGGGUGCAAGGCAGCCUGGGGCUUUUAUGAGACCCUCACCAGCCAAAUUCAGCAGGUGCCAGCCAGCUCAUUUCCCUAAAACUUCACAAGCACAAUGCCUGCUCCUCUGGCAGAGGAAUGAGAUGUGAUUUCCUUGAUGCACAAAAUAGACCACAGUGAAUUAGGAGGUGUUGGGUAGUAGGCUCGGCUGCAGUGAUGGAUGUUCCUUCAGCUCCAAAUCAGACCCGAAGCCAAGAUUGAGAAGCUCAUCUCCAGUUAUGAUGCACUUAGAGACCAACACACUCCCAUGUACCAUGUACCUAUUUAAAGAAGCAAUUAAUGUAAAAGAAAAAGACUUGCAAGUGCCAAGAACAUCUGAUUCUGGCCUCUCAUAUCCAACAUGCUGAUUGAUAACUUCCUCUCUCUGUUUGAUUUGCCCAUGUCAGAGUGAUGAAGGGUUACUGGCCUCGCCUACAACGUCAGAACAUCGUAUUUCACUCAGACGCUCCAUGGUCCCUGUGAAAAGGUGGCCUAUUGACAAAAUCCACGAUGACUAGCUAUUGAUUUCAGGACGCGAGGGGCUGACUGGCCCCUCCUCCUGGCACCUGAAAGGAUAAAUAUAUUGACGGGAUGGACCCAAGGCAGUGGAUUGCUUGCCUUGCUUGAGGGAGGGCUUAUAGUGCGGCAUUAGUUUGGGACCAUUCAAUGAAUACUAUGGACAGGGUUACAGUUGUGAACUACUGCUUAGGACUCCUGGGUUUGUUACUACUGCAGGGAGUGCUAAAUGUGGAGGGAAGGAGCAUAUUUAAUCCCGGGAAUCAUGUUUUUAAUCCAAAAGAAGACACAAAUCCCCAGAGCAAGAUUCUAGCAUUGUUACUACACAAGAGCUUAGUUCCUGUUGAAAAGGAUGAUCCUCUAGGUCUUGAGCUGGCCAAUAAACUAGCUGAAUUAGAGGAGCUGCAGGUGCUGAGGGAGGACCUGGAGCUGGAGAGGGAGAUCACAGCCAAUUUGGCAGAAGGCAAAUCCAUAACUAGGAAGAGGGGUGAACCUUGCUUCUGGAAGUACUGUGUCUGACACGGACACAGGAGGAGGAGGACCACUGUGAAAUCUUGCUGCAAAGACCCAACAUAGCCUUAAGACUCAAAACACCAGUAAUAUAAUCACACUGUAUUUAUCCCAGCAAUAUAGAGUUGUACCAUAAUCAAAGUCUUCAAUAAAUGUUUGAUUUCCACUGCACCAAGGUGCUCUCAUGAGAGAUCUAAGGACUGUGGCUGUACAUCUUUAAUCUGUAAAUAAUCAGCUACUCACUGGAAAUACUUGAGGGUCAGAUAUGACAAAAUGUAUUUGACUGCAAAGACAUAUUGUCCUUUUAGCAGGGAUUUUAUUUGCCUGCUGCUUGUGUUUAUGUCGCUCUCUUGUGGCAAAAUUGGGCAUAACAUUUUUUGUACCACUGCCAACAAACAUCCCAUCUGUCACUGCUUUUAGAAAUCCACAGCUGUUCAUUUUACAAAAUAAAUACACUUAUAACUUGAA